AUGGAGGAUGGAGGGAGACAAGAUGGAGAUGAAGAUGAACCAGAACCAUGUGGCCUGGACAAGCUCUGUGGGUCUCUGCAUCUGCUCCCACCAGAUGCUGAAGAAAAUAUCUCUGAUGAUGACUGGACUAACCAUCAAAUUACGAGUAUAGAGAACAUCAUUAAUCCAUAUGCGGAAGAGAGAUUCCAAUCAACAAUAUCAAUAAGUCAAAGAAAACUAUUGUCUUUAAGCAAUCUACAAAAUAUCAUCUAUAACCCAACAAUCCCCUAUGUCAGUACCAUUACUGAGCAGUUGAAGCCUGACUCUUUGAUUGUAGUCCGUGGGCAUGUUCCUAAAGAUUCAGAAAGAUUCCAGGUAGACUUUCAGCAUGGCAACAGCCUGAAGCCGAGAGCUGAUGUGGCCUUCCACUUUAACCCUCGCUUCAAAAGGUUCAACUGCAUUGUUUUUAACACACUGACAAAUGAGAAAUUGGGCUGGGAGGAGAUCACCCACGACAUGCCCUUCAGAAAAGAAAAGUCCUUUGAGAUCAUGAUCAUGGUGCUAAAGAACAACUUCCAGGUGGCUGUGAAUGGAAAGCACAUUCUGCUGUAUGCCCACAGGAUCAGCCCAGAGAAGAUAGACACACUAGGAACCUACGGCAAAGUGAACAUUCACUCUAUUGGGUUCAGAUUCAGCUCGGAUUUACAGAGUGUGGAAACAUCUACUCUCGGACUGACACAGAUAAGUAGAGAAAAUAUACAAAAAUCUGGCAAGCUCCAGUUGAGCCUGCCAUUUGAAGCAAGGUUGAAUGCCUCCAUGGGCCCUGGACGAACUAUUGUCAUUAAAGAAGAAGUGAAGACAAAUGCCAAAAGCUUUAACGUUGACCUAGUGGCAGGAAGGUCAAGGGAUAUCGCUCUGCACUUGAACCCAUGCCUGAAUGUGAAAGCAUUUGUAAGAAAUUCCUUUCUUCAGGUUGCCUGGGGAGAAGAGGAGAGAAAUAGUACUUGCUUCGCAUUUAGUUCUGGGAUGUUUGAGAUGAUAAUUUACUGUGAUGUCCAAGAGUUCAAGGUUGUGGUAAAUGGUGUGCACAGCCUGGAGUACAAGUACAGAUAUAAAGACCUAAGCAGCAUCGACACACUAGCAAUUGAUGGCGAUAUCCGUUUGCUGGAUGUAAGGAGCUGGUAG